GCGAGAGAGGGAGAGAGAGAGAGAGAGAGAGAGAGAGAGAGAGAGAGAGAGAGAGAGAGAGAGAUGUGGAAGGGAGAGAGAGAGAGGAAGAGAACAUAAUCAAGAUGCGAGAAGUCAGUUGAUUCCCUGCAAUAUCUACACUUAUCUUCGGCGCUACGUCAAAGCACGUUAAUGCAUUAUUAUGGCAGCUCUUGCUAUCAAGCAAAUAGUUUGCUAUCGGCCUAGGUCUAGUGCGGUUACAAUCAAAAAUGGAGCAAAGAUCUAUGUCAGAUAUCAUAAAGAAGAUGCAGCCUUUGUUAAGGAAGUUUGAAGGUGAUGAUGAACUCGUUAUUCGUGAAGCCAAAGAUGAGGCGGGUUCCAAUGUGGGUGACAACUAUACCUCCGUUAUGAUCAGAACUGUAGUCGUCGGCAAAUAUGGAAACGGAAGUCCUUAUAAGAAAAAUUUCAUGACGAAGAUUCUUCCUCAUUUUCGUCCCGUUACCGAAUUCAUGCAUACCGAUGCUUUAUACGUCAUCGAAGGAUACAUGUAUGAAAAGAUCCUUCCUGUCGUCGGUGAUUAUGGUCCGCGUUGCGUUUACGUCGACGAGGAGGAAAUUAUUAUGGAAGAUUUGCGCGAGAAAGGAUAUACUAACUGCAAAAGACAGAAUUAUCUUGAUUUGGAACAUACCUUGUUUACCAUUCAGACACUGGCGAAGUGGCAUGCGAAGUCUCUAUCGAUAAAAUUGAAGGAUUGUGAAAACUUUGAAAAAUUGGCAAGUCCAUUGAAGGAAAACAUUUUUCCGGUAGAUUCGAACGAUGCCGUUGGCAGGACCGUUGACGGGGGUUUGGAUAGUGCAAUCAGUCACUUGGAAUCAAUAAAACUUCAAACGGCAGAGUUAAAAAAGGCGAUAGAGUAUGUGAAAUCUCUCAAAAAUAAAUGCUACGAUAUAAUAGCAAAGUUGCUUUCCUUACCGAAAGAUAGGUAUUUCACUAUCUGUCAUGGGGAUGCAUGGAUAAACAACAUCCUUUACAAGUAUGAUAAGAACGGUAAACUGUUUGAUAUCAAAUUCGUUGAUUUUCAAAUAUCUCGGCAUACAUCUGUCGCCCUUGACUUCCAUUAUUUCGUGUACUCGAGCGUAAGAUCUUGCAUUAUUGAAGAUAAUUACGAUAAUUUGAUCGAGCUUUAUCAUCGUACGUUUGUGGAAAAGCUUAAAGAGUACGGCGUUUCCGAGGGAGAUCUUAAGAAUUUGACCAUGGAAUGGUUCAAGUCGGAAUUAAAGAAGUUUAGCUUGUACGGAUUGGUCACUGGAUUCUGGUUGAUUCAUGUAGUACUCGCUGAUGAAACCAACGUUUUAGAUAUGGAUAAAAUAACUGCCGAGGAUAUAAAAAACAUGGAAUUUUUUAAUAGGACAAUAGAUGCAACGAAAGCCGAGAGAUUUAAAUUCAUAGCUUUGCAUUAUCUUCGAACGUAUGUGCAAUAGAUGGAAUUUUUAAGAAAUAGACAAAGGGAACAACUAUCACAGAUGUAGACCAUGUGUAAUUAUGUUUCAUAUUUUUUAAUCUUGCCAAUUAAAAUUUACUUGAAAAGAAGUAGUAUGAGUUGAGAAAAAAAAUAUUUUUGUAAUUCUAUAAUAUUAUAAAUAUUAACAGCAAAAAUGUUAGUUAUUGACCGGUAUUAUAGCCAUUAUUGAAAAGUUAUCAUUUAAUUAUAGAAUAAUUAGAAGAAAGAAAAAAUUUAUUAUAAUACAAUCUGAUGAAAUAUUAAUACAAUUUUAAAUACAAGAAAGAAAAAAUCAAAAUAAUAAAACAAUUCAAUUAACUUUUUAUCUUAAUUACGAUGCAUCAAAUAUGUGCCAAAUUGCUAGUAUAUUAACGAUUUUUUCUUAGAAUAUACACGUCUUUUUAUAUUAUGACUACGUCUUUUUAUAUUAUAAGUAUAUUAAUCUUUACAUUAUAAAUAUUAAAUUGUUUGUAAAAACACAAAUUGUAAUACAAGGAGUUAAGCAAAAGUUUUGGACGAAAGAAAACAUAAAACUUCAAUGAGAAAGAUUAAAAAUGAUUAAUAGCAAUAUCUUAAUUUAUUUUAUCUGAUUUCGGGAAAAUUUAUAAUUAUUUAAUGAUUAAGAAGAAAGUUUUAUGCCUGCGAAUAAAGAAAACCAAUUAUCAAUUUUAAGCAUUCAUGUUAGACAAUUUAAUUAUUUUAAAUAAACUCAAUUUAAAUACCACUAUAAAUUUAUAAACAUGUUACGUAUUAUUAAAGAA